AUGGACAUCGUUGUUGGCCAUGGUGUUAAACUUGGUCGGCAAGUACAAUUCAUUAAAGAUUCUGCCCAAUUUUCAAAUUGUAAGUGGGUACAAGUGGUUCACACUGCUCCAGAGGACCUUAGCAGAUACAAAUGUUACCGUGACCCCAUUUCAAAAGGUGAAACAAAACACGAAUCAGAAGUUGGGCUUUGCAAACUUGCUGAUCUUAUAGUGCCUGUGGGACCCAGACUAAAAGAAGCAUACUCUUCAUAUUUACAGCGAUGCAAGACAGAUCAAGAUGUUUUGUCCAUUACUCCAGGCCUUUUUCAAAGGGAGUUUGGGGAUUUAGUGGCAAAACAAGAACCUAAAGAGGAUGGUGAAUUUAAAGUGUUGUUGUUUGGUCGUGGGGAUGACGAGGACUUUGAACUCAAAGGAUACAACAUUGCUGCUCAAGCAUUUACUGAUCAACGGUUGAAUAACAAAUGUUAUCAUCUAAUCUUUGUUGGAGCACCUGAAGGAAAGCAAGAAGAAGUUAGAGAAAAACUUCUACAGCGUGGUAUUGUGGAAGCGCAGUUGACUGUUAGAAAAUUUAUGCAAAGUAGAGAGAGGCUGAAAGAUUUGCUUUGUGAAGCUGACAUUGCCAUAAUGCCAUCAAAAUCAGAGGGAUUUGGUCUCGUCGCACUUGAGGCCUUGUCUGCGGGACUACCCAUUCUUGUAGGCAGUAGGUCAGGAUUUGCCAAAGCAUUAGAGAAUGUUCUUCAUGGUGAUGCAUGCAUCGUGAAUUCAGAUGAUCCUGCAGAAUGGGCAAAAGCAAUAGAAGCUGUUCGUUUAAAGCAUGGAAUGAGGCUUCAAGAGAUUAAAUCACUGAGAGCAUCUUAUGGAGAGAUGUACAGCUGGAAGGAGCAAUGUGAAGCCCUUGUGAACAGAAUGCGGAAAAUGGGUCAUGGUAAGAAUUAUUUGUUAAGUGCUGAUGUGGUAUUCAUGUUGUACCAGACAUCACACUAAUAUAGUUUUUGUGGCACAAUAUAAUAUGCAAAUGUAAUGUGCAGUGCACUCACAUUGCAUUUUGUUCUUUGAUCACAUUGUGUAGUGUACAUGCAGGUUCUAUAAGAUUUUUUCUGCAAAUUUAGAACACCAACAUAAUCCCAGAAUAUUUAACCAUUUUAUUGAUAGCUAGAUGAAUAUGGCCAAGACAUAUAAAAUAAUGUACCUGAUCAGUCUUUACAAUCCUUACCUAGUAGAUUCAGUUACUUUCCUAAGAAAUCAUGCACCUUCAAAUCUUUUAUGGUGGGAGUUGGGGGGAGGGGGGGGCAGGGGGGCAUGUAGCCAUAUUUGAACUUCAGUGUUGUUAUUUUUAAACUUCCACUGAAGGAAAACAUACAAAGACAGUCAGUUUUGUGUUGGGAAGUGACAAACAUGCAAAUUAAAUUGGCUACUUGAAAUUUUGAUAUGCCUACUUUCCUUUACAAUAAUGUAGUUCAAAGCUUGAUAGAGCUGACUGUAUAACCAUGUAGGAUUUAAUACCCUUUUGAAAUGUAAUCUUAAAAUGGAUCUAUAGUACUUUAAAAAGUUAUGGUGUUUUUACCAUCGAAUUUACUCUGAAUUCCUUAAUUUUUUCCUCUUGAGCUUAAAUGUUUUGUGCACACCUUUUAAAGUUGUAUGGAAGUUGUCAAUGCAUGAAAAGAUCUGUAAUGUGUAGAAUAAGGGUCUCCACCAGGUUUAAAGGUCGAUCACAGCUGCUGUCAGUGUGACCGUCAAAAUUUAUUUUUAGUGUCACAUGAGACGUGGUUCUACACGAGUGGUUGUGGGUGGUGGAGAUGUGAAUGGGUUACAAAAACGUAUAUACAUUAAUUUGUAAGAAGCUUAUAAUAAAGGCUUGUUCUCACACCAGAUGCUUCUGAUAUACCAAAGGAUGUUUCUGUCACUGAAAAGCAGCCUGUUGCAAAAACAGAUGCUUCAACUUCUGGUUUCUCAGGAGAGCAAUGUCCAGUUGAUGAACAGCCUAAAACUAAGGAUUUAGUCAGAUUAAGUGAAGAAUCUCCCUCAACUUGCCAUACUCCUAGCAUUUCACCUGGGCUCACUUCUUCUGACCAAGGUAUGGAAUUGAAUUACAUUGACAAGGUGCCAAACUUUUUUUUACGUGUUUUAAUGGCUUGUUUUAAUAAACUCUUCAGAAUUUUUUGGCCUAUUUAAAAAGUAUUUUUUUAUUUUAGUCUCUCUGCUAUUCACCACUUUCAGAUAGACCACUCACCUUGUUUACUUCCCAAAAUUUUGCAUAACCAUUGUCUUCGAUUUGUCUUGGGAUGAGUGUAAUACCCAGGAGAAAUUGGAGGGGGUAAACAACAUGUGUGCAAGAUGUAUGUGAAAAUGGUGAAUAGCCAAGAAUGCUCUGUUUGUGCAAAGCUUUUUCAAACAAAGAGCUGAGGAGCCUCACUGAGUUUCCUUAUACAUUAGUAAAUGUAUAUUUUUCUUGAAAAAUAUACAUUUUUCAAUUUUUCUUCUUAUUUUUCUAUUUUUUUCUUGAAUAGUAAUAAGAAGCAGUAAUUGACUUGUAGUUAAUAUCAGGGGCAUCCAACGACUGUUUCCUCCUUGGGCUAUCCAGAGUACUUUCAGAUAUCUAGAAACGCAUUCUAAGUAGCACUAUAAACUUUGUAUCUGUUCGGUCAUCCUAGGGGAACUUGAGUCUUUUCGAAAUUACGAGGGAUUGAGUAUUAUUUUCCCGAAAGUAUUAGAUGCAAUUUAACGUAUUACGAAGGAGAAAACUUUUCUGUUUCCUCUUUCCAUCACAUUUUUGAAUCCGAAAAUUUUAGGUUUCCUUUUUUUAUGAAAAAUAGCCUAACCUGGAGAGUGAAAUGUGAAAAAUUAAACUUCAGAAAGUCGUAGGGAAUUUAUUAGUUGAGUUUAGAAAAAUUGUACAUGAAUGGAGCGGUCGUCUAGAAAUUUUUAGCCGUUCUUAAGUAGAAGAAAAGUCUAGGCAAUAUUUACUUCUCCUAACAGAUAUUUUACAGAAAACAGUCGUUUGGUGCCCCUGUAAUAUGCUUUUAAUCAAUAAUUUUCAGAAGCAGAAAACACUAUUAAGAUGUCGAUCACCCCACGUGGAUUAAGUAGUGAACUGGAGGAUGUCGUGGAUAGAAUGUUCAGACAACAACUUGAGGUGUACUUGAAAUACAAUAAAAGAAACAAGCUUUCUACAGCCAGCGGACUGAGUGACUUCCUUAAGCAUGUAGAAGAUACUUACAACUUUACUUUAGCAUCUGUGGGUAUGGGAUCUUUGGUAAUAAAAGGUCAGUGUCCUGACCUGCAAAGUCUGGAAAGUCUGUGGAAUGAUUAUUGUUCUGGUGUCCUGAAUGAAGCUGCAGAGAGGUUUUUGGUAACUGAUGAUAUGAAGAAAGAAAUCAACUUGGUGACACUCAGAUUAAAGACUACUAUUGAGGAAGAAAGCUAUUUGACUUGCAAGAAAGCUCUUAUGGAAAAGUCAGGUGAGUUGGUUUAG